AUGGCCGCGACCUUCAACCUGCUGCGCGGGCGCGACCUGAUCUGGAACUACGUGUCGAGCAACUAUCUGCUCGGCGAGGACUAUAUGCCGUUCGACCUGCUCCACUGGAACUCGGACGUCACCAACCUGCCGGCUAAAUGGCAUGCGAGCUAUCUGGCGGACCUCUAUCGCGACAAUCUGCUCGCCCAGGCGGGGGCGCUUAGCAUCGGCGCGACGCCGGUGGAUCUGAGCAAGGUCGUAACGCCGGCCUAUAUCCAGGCCGGGCGCGAGGACCAUAUCGCCCCGGCGCGCAGCGUCUGGAAGAUUACCGAGCAUUUCGCGGGGCCGCUGCGUUUCGUGUUGGCCGGAUCGGGGCAUAUCGCCGGGGUGGUCAACCCGCCCUCCGCACAGAAGUAUCAGUAUUGGACCAACGACGGAGCCGCUGCGACUCUGGAGGAGUUUGUUGCAGGUGCGACCGAGACCAAGGGCAGCUGGUGGCCCGAUUGGAUGAGCUGGAUCGAGGGAUUUGGCGAGCCGCGUACUGCGGCGAAGGGAGCGAGAAUUCCCAAGCCGAAAGAAGGGCUUGGCGAUGCACCCGGGAGUUAUGUGAAGACCCGCUAA